GUCCUGCCCUGCUCCCACGCCGCGCUCACAUGUCGCUGUGUGCGCGCAGCCCACAGCCUCCGCUCCUGCUGCACAGACCCUCUGUGGAUAUUUCUGCUCCUUUACAGACUGGCUCUCAUCGCCUCCUAGUGUUUAGUCUGGUCAGAGAAAAGUUGAUUUUUGGAGGAAAAUUCUCAAAGCACAGGAAAUCCAGUUUGAUAGCUCCAGAGGAACUUUUUGCCUGCGGAUCACAGCCGUCACCUUCUCCGUACCAGAGAAAGAAGAAUGCACAGCCACAGGACUGCAUGACACCUUAUCCGGGGACCUAAUUCCAAAAGCACGACAGGAAAACAAAAAUAAAGAGCGUCUACAUCUGGGAAACCAAACAUGAUGUUCCCUCAGUACCACAGUAAUGCUGUCAUCAUAGAGCACUACAAUUACACAGGCAAACUGAAGGAGAACAGGUACAAAGAAGGACUCAAGCCAGAGUCCAUAGCGUUCCUGCUGGUGUGCCUGCUGAUUGUCGCAGAAAAUGCUGUGGUGCUUCUGGCCAUCUGGAAGAACAAGAAGUUCCACGUGCCCAUGUACUACUUACUGGGCAACCUGACACUGUCGGACCUGCUGGCAGGUUUCACCUACAUGGUGAACAUCGUGACGUCAGGCGCCCACACUUUAAAGAUGACCCCGGUGCUGUGGUUCCUGAGGGAGGGGGGUGUAUUCAUCAUGCUGGCCGCCUCCAUCAUCAGUCUGCUGGCCAUCGCCAUAGAGCGCCAUGUCACUAUGGUGAGGAUGAAGCCGUACCAGGGGGACAAACAGGGCCGGAUGUUUGCUCUGAUUGGAGCGAGCUGGGUGCUGUCAGUGCUCCUGGGCAUCCUGCCUGUGCUGGGCUGGAACUGUAUAGGACAGCUGGACCGGUGCUCCACUGUCCUCCCCCUCUACGCCAAGAGCUACAUCCUCUUCUGCAUCACCAUCUUCAGCACCAUCCUCUUGUCCAUUGUGGUGCUGUAUGUCCGCAUCUUCCGUAUUGUCAAAUCCAACACCCAGCGCUUUGCUUCGGUUCCACAGCGCAAAGGCCUUUACCGCAAGUCCCAGAAGUACAUGGCCCUGCUGAAGACGGUCACCAUAGUCCUGGGAGUCUUCAUCGCCUGUUGGCUGCCCCUCUUCAUCUUCCUGCUGCUGGACUUCUGCUGUCCAGCCAACAAAUGUGAUGUGCUCUUUAAGGUAGACUAUUUCCUGGGCAUCGCCAUGUUCAACUCCCUCCUGAAUCCCAUCAUCUACACCCUGACCAGCAAGGACAUGAAGAGGGCCAUCUUCAGGCUGCUCUGCCGACACUGCCUCCUAAAAAAGGACGGACAAGUGAAACAAAACUGGAUGCACUUUCUGGAGUGGAGCACCAGUAGGGCUGAUGGAGCCUCUCACAGACUGGAGGGACUGGAGACCACAGUCUGUUCCGGUAACUUCUCACCCUCGACCAUCAAAGCCAUUUACCCCCAGAUAUAUAGGACGUGACACAGCAGCUCUUUUUGCCCAGAGACCAAGCAUUCAGACAGUUGGACCACGACCGUGGCCAGGACACUUCUGUUGAAAUGGAGCUGCACAGCUGAGCAAACACACGAGAGCAGCUGAGGUCUGAGGUUUGCACUCUGACAUUUUUUUUAGUAUUAAGCUCCAUGUAAGUGAUUAAUGUCCCAACUGGGAGGAAGACACUUUUCCAACGGUGUCAUGAAAAACAAGUUUCUUGUGAAAAAACUAGCAUUACAUUUGUGUUGUAGACUAAACACGGCCAGUAUUUGUCAGAAGAGACUCCUUCAGCAUUUGCACACAGUUGAAAUCAAAGACUGUGCAGACAAACGCAGCCCAUGAUCCUGCUCCUCCAGCUGAUAAGACCAAGCAUCAGAUUUGUCCCCAUCUCCUCUCCCUGUGUAGUACAUAAUAUGUUGCUACUAACACGGAGCACCCACGCCCAAACCCAUCUAAUCUCUGCCAUGUGGAUUUUGGUCAGCAGCGGUGCUGGGUAGAGGUCUCCUCCAACAACAUCAGAGGCUCAGCGGUCUGGAAACGCACUGACAUCAUAUGGACGAUGGUUGUGCUGGGUGGUUUGCAGGCUCGGAGGCCCCUUUAACAUAUGUAGCAAUACAUGAUGAAUGACUAACGGCAAUAAACGUCGACGGCAGAGGCUUGUUGACGUCUUCUUGGUUUAACAGGCUAGAAUAUCGCAGUGAUGAGCCACAGCUUGUGGUCUUCAGAGCUUUUUUUAGUUGGAAUACAUUUCAUCUUCAUACCAUGAACUGAUGUUCGUUGAUUACCUUGUGAGAGGGUGCAGAUGUAAUCUUGUUCCAGAUGACAGAAAUAUGUCUCAGGCUCUGAGGCGCCGGGGAAUUUCACCGUGGUGACGGUGGCAUUAAAAUGUCCUAACUGUAGCCUUGUACAUACAUGUGACAAGAAGAAUAUAUUUAGAUUUUUUUAGUGUGCUUUGUAAACA